GAAAGCUGUGAGGAACCUCAGCUAGCGACCACUGAGGAGUCACCGAUGGAAACUGGCCCCGACACCGGCCAAACAGAGAGCUCAGCAACGAAACUGAGCGAGGAGGAGGUGAAGGAGAUUGAGGAGGAGGAUAACAUCACCCCACUCUCGGAGAAAUACCCAGAGCCCGGGAGGUAUUUGAAGCUAGGGGAGCCAAUCGGGCAGGACCCCAACGGAGUCGUCUACAUUGGAUGGCACCAAAGAAAACAACGGGAAGUGGCCAUAAUUAUAAUUCAACAUCAGAAGAAGCAACAGGAGAUCGAAAAAGAAGUCGGAAUCCUUCAAAUCGUAUCUGGCCACCGGAACAUCGUCGACUUCUAUGGGGCCUUUUAUCAUAAGGCCUCAUUGGAAACACACAUGGAGGACUAUGGGUAA